AUGCUACCGCCGAUAGCUCCUACUGUUCUUGAGCGCAACCCGAAAUUCAAGGUGCUGUACGACGACAUCUCGCAAAACAAGCUCAACCCCGACGCGUCGACAAAAGAUGAAAAGAAGCAGCGCCUGAUAGAUCAAGCAAGGGAACUCCACGAAGUCGUGACUAUUGUCGCCGCGCAGCUGAACGGCCGCAUCCCCUCUUCUGACCGUGAAAUACUACAAGAAGACAUCGAAUACUUCACCGAACACAUCGUCCCCAUCUCCCGCGCUCUAUCAACGCACCUCAAAUCCACCGCCCUCCAACUCUGCCGCAUCGCCACCCCCGAAUCCGACCCCACCCCCUCCACCAUAUCCGACCUCCCCACAAUCGCCGAGGACCAACGCGCCGACCUAACCACCUCGACCGCAUCCCUCGCCGCCCACCGCACCGCCCUCGCCGACCUCGCCGCCGCCACGCUCGACGCGCAGACCCGCCUCGUCGAGGUCGUCGUCCGCGUCCUCGAGCAGACCGUGCACGGCAGCGCCGCGCGGGCGGCGCGCGCCAAGGCAGAGCACCUCGCGGCCGUCGCGAAGGGGUUGGAGUUGAAGUUGAGUGUGGCGAUGUUGGGUGCUGUUGCGAAGGAGGGGGGGAAGGGGGAACUGGAGGCCGCGGUCGAGGGGUAUGGCGCGUGGUUGAAAAGGGAGAGGGAGGAGUUGGAGCAUAGGAAGGGGAUUGCGGAGGAGAGGUUGAGGGAGUUUGAGGAGGUGGGGGGUGGAGGGGGGGCGGGGGCGGGGGCGAGGGCGAAGAGGGGGAGUGUUAUGAGGGAGAUUGCGAGGAGGUAUGCGGAGGUGGAGGAGGAGAUUGCUAGGGUGGAGGGGGAGUUGGGGAGGUUGGAGGUUAGGUGA